UUUUUCAAACCUACCACGCACUCAGCUUUACAGCUUGAUGUAUUUUUAUGUUGUCUGUGUUUUGUUUUGUUUUUUCCUUGACUGCUGAUCACUUUUAUGGGUUCUAAAUGGAAUCAUUGUCAGUGAAUGAAUGGAUGAAUGGGUGGGAAAGAUCAAGCCAAGUCUUCUUCUAGUGAACCUGUCUGUAAGUACUCUCUCACCUCUUUCCCUCUUUCUUUACUUAUUUAUUACUAUUUCUUUAUUUAUAGUUAGUACUUAGUAGCUUUCAUUUUUUAAGCUUCCAAUCUUCUUGGAAAUAUAUCUCUGCAAACUGUAUUGCUGCACUCACUAAACAAAAAGGAAUAGCCUUUUGUUGGGGGUUUCUUGUUCCCCCCUCCCCUGCUUGGUUGAGUAAAGAAUACCAUUCUGAGAUGCUCAUCCUUGCAUUUCUUGUUUUCUCCAAAUCUUUUCCGAUUUACAUUCUAAUUCUAAUUUUAAAUUUACAAUUCUGUUCACUUGAAAUCUGACAGUUUUUUGAGCUACCAACGCAAAUAUGAGGAUUAAAUUGUUGUUUAUAGUGUAUAGAAUGGGGGUUAUGAGAGAAGGGCUUGGUUAUUCAACUGUGCUGUUCUUUGCUUGUCAGGUUUAAAUUGCUGGUCUUUACUUGUGCUGAGGUUUAAUUGAUUAAAUUUGGUGUAUUAUUGUAUAUCUGGAUGUCUCUUGAUUUGUUUGUUUGGUUUAGUGUGAAAUAAUUUCUUAUGCAAGGGUUGUGAACAGUGAAAGAGAAGUUUAAUUGAAUUGGUAGAGGUGGUGUGGAGCAAUAGAAAGAUAACUCUGAGGAGAGCAACUCUCUUAAGUGGUAGAUUUUAUGGACUGGAACUUGAAGGCAACUUCCUGGGAUUUGACUGAAUUUGAGCAAGGAGCUGUUCCAAGCAUAAGCAUAGAUGCAUUUGAUAGGUCAACUAGCUUUGGAGUUAACAGGAGUGGAGGGGGUUUUUCUAUUGAUUUGAAACUUGGUAGGGUUGGUAAUUCAAGUGAUGAAUCUAUAAUUAAUUGGAAGCAGCCUGGAGUCUCAAAACUACAGCCCUUACCUUCUGGUUCAACGAAGAGAGCACGUGGAGCUAACAGUGGAACUCAGGUAGCUAUGUGCCUUGUUGAUGGUUGCAAUUCAGACCUCAGUACUUGUAGGGACUAUCAUAGGCGCCAUAAGGUCUGUGAGCUUCAUUCCAAGACUCCUCAGGUUACAGUUGGCGGUCAGAAGCAGCGAUUCUGCCAACAAUGUAGCAGGUUCCAUUCCCUGGAGGAAUUUGAUGAAGGGAAAAGAAGCUGCAGGAAACGUCUUGAUGGGCACAAUCGGCGGCGAAGGAAGCCUCAGCCAGAUCCCCAUUCUCGUUCUCCAAGUUUUUUAUCCAAUUAUCAAGGUGCUCAAUUAUUUUCAUUCUCUAGUUCCCAUGUAUAUCCAUCCUCUACUGUAUUGAAUCCCAUGUGGUCGGGAGUUGCUAGUACUGAGGCAGAUGGUAGGCACCGUAAUCUGCAUCAACUUCCUGACAAACAGAACCUGUUCUUUGGAUCAUCCUCGAGCAGUUACCAUGGAGGGAAGCAGUUCCCUUUUUUGCAAUGUCACAGCCCUGGCCUUAACAAUCAGACAUCUCCCGAAGCUUCUGUCUGCCAGCCGCUUCUAAGAACCAUUCCUUUGCCAGGAAGUAGGGGGGCAAGUAGCCAUAGUAUGUUCUGUGACAGGUUAACACAAAUACAAGACUCGGAUUGUGCUCUCUCUCUUCUGUCAUCAACACAGACGCAUGCAUCCGGGAACCUCAUGGUGCAACAUAAUUCAGUCCCUUUAUCGCAUCCUAUAGGCCCAACAGUACAUGAUCAUGGUUUAAGGCCAAUUGAUUCAGUUUUGGUUUUCAAUAACAGGGAUGCUAAUGUCCAUUUUCCAGGAACGUUUCAACCGCAGUCUGGUGGUUCCUCUGGCAACAAAGCCCCUCAAACACUUCCAUUUAACUGGGAGUAAUAGUCUCCUGGACUCCCAUUUUGAUGCACAAUAAUUUUGGAUUCUUGCUGAAAUAUUCCUCAAGGGAUUCUCAUCUCUACUAACUAGAAUGCUGGAUUGUUUAAGUUCUUUUAAUGAUUGACAGCAAAUUGUUCAAUUUUUAUCCUUUCAUUGUUACAAAACCUUGUACCAUAUCAUUCUGUGACUAGGAGAUCUUCAUCUGCUAGUACUAGCAAAUUAUGAAUUGCAUUUGAGAAAUUGAUA